AUGAACAAGAUGAAAAAUUUCAAGCGGAGGUUUUCACUCUCGGUUCCUCGGACAGAGACCAUCGAGGAGUCGCUGACGGAGUUUACGGAGCAGUUCAACCAGCUCAACAACCGGAGGAAUGAAGGGCACCUGCAGCUGGGGCACCUGGGCAGGGACUUCCGAGCAGACACCAGCCCCAUCUCCCCCUCCGAGGUGGAAGGCCAGUCCCCGAUGGCCGUGCGCUACCGCAACAACAACCAGCGCCGUUUCUCCAUGGAGGAUGUCAGCAAGCGUCUCUCCCUGCCCGUGGACAUCCGCCUGCCCCCCGAGUUCUUGCAGAAGCUGCAGAUGGAGAGCCCGGAGUUCCCCAAGCCCCUCAGCAGGAUGUCCCGACGGGCUUCCCUCUCAGAUAUUGGGUUUGGGAAGCUGGAAACCUAUGUUAAACUGGACAAACUGGGAGAGGGCACGUACGCCACUGUCUUCAAGGGACGCAGCAAGCUGACCGAAAACCUCGUUGCCCUGAAGGAAAUCCGCCUGGAGCACGAGGAAGGGGCACCUUGCACAGCCAUACGGGAAGUGUCGCUGCUGAAGAACCUGAAGCACGCCAACAUCGUGACCCUGCACGACAUCAUCCACACGGAGCGCUCCCUCACCCUCGUCUUCGAGUACCUGGACAGCGACCUCAAACAGUACCUCGAUAACUGUGGGAACCUGAUGAGCGUGCACAAUGUGAAGAUCUUCAUGUUCCAGCUGCUGCGUGGUCUGGCUUACUGUCACGGGAGAAAGAUCCUGCACCGAGACCUCAAACCCCAGAACCUGCUUAUCAACGAGAGAGGAGAGCUCAAGCUGGCUGACUUUGGACUAGCCAGAGCCAAGUCAGUCCCUACGAAAACGUAUUCCAAUGAAGUGGUCACACUGUGGUACCGGCCCCCCGACGUCCUGCUGGGAUCUACCGAAUAUUCCACACCCAUCGACAUGUGGGGUGUUGGGUGCAUCCACUACGAGAUGGUCACCGGACGGCCCAUGUUCCCCGGCUCCACCGUGAAAGAAGAGCUGCAUUUGAUCUUCAGGCUGCUGGGAACCCCAACAGAAGACACCUGGCCUGGAAUAACAUCCAACGAGGAGUUUAAGGCUUACAAUUUCACGCAGUACCGAGCCCAGCCGUUAAUAAAUCACGCCCCAAGGCUGGACUCAGAAGGCAUUGACUUGCUGAUGAACCUCCUUCUGUACGAAGCCAAGGGCCGGAUUUCGGCGGAGGCAGCCCUCCGGCACGCUUACUUCAAGAGCCUGGGAGAGCGGGUGCAUCUCCUGCCCGACAACGUCUCCAUCUUCUCCCUGAAGGAGAUCCAGCUUCAAAAGGACCCUGGCUACCGAGGCUCAGCCUUUCAGCACUCAGCCCGAGGGAAGAACAGGAGGCAGAGUAUAUUUUAA